CAAGGCCAAGAGUUCUGGGAGACGACGUUUACUUGUAGGUCUACAGGCAUGGAGGUUGUGGGCUCCUUGGCAAGCGCCUUGUGUGGCUUGGCUCUGGGCCCUGCUAAGAAGAUAUGGGACUGCAAUGCCAACAUUGAAACGCUGGAGAACAAGGCGCCCCACAUCCGGGACAAGAUCAACGCUUUCGGUCGCCACAAGGAGCGAAAUGGACCUGGCUUUAUGUUCUCUGAAGCGGCCGAGGAAUGCUUGGAGCGUGUCAGGGAAUGGAACACCAAGGCACAAGCACUCUUGGGAUCACGCCAUAACAGGAUCUGGAGCCCCAUAAAGCGGUACAAGCGGAGUAACGAGAUCGCGAAGUCCUUAAGUGCCUACGGCGAUCUCCUGUCGCAGAUCCAGGGUCACGAGCAUGAGCUGAAUGUCCACAUUGAGGAGCUAAAGAAGAGGUCAUCCAGAAUCCAGGCCACGCUUGACAAGUUUAAUGCUCCCAAGCACAGGAAUCCAGAUUUCCGCUACUCUGGUGAGGCUGAGGCGUGGCUGACUGAACUGACUGAAUGGACUGAGAAGGCGCAAGCGCUGCUUGGAUCACAGGAGAAGCGAUCUGGCGCGAUUUCGGAGCUGGUACGCACUUGCGAGGGCGAUCUCCUCCCGCACAUUGAAAGUUACGAGCGAGAAGAGUUGAAAGUGAUACAGCCGAGCACCAGCUUUUCCGUACGGAGUUGUCCACAAGACAGAGGUCUCGUAAAGUAUGUACGGCGUGGUGUUCCCAACGACAUGUUUGGCCGCCAUGGGGAGCAGCUGGAUGAGGUGGUGAAUGCCCUCCUGGAUCCACAAGCCCCGGGGAAAUGGUUUGGACUCCUGGGAAUGGGAGGGUGUGGCAAGACCACCCUUGCAAGCUGGGUGCACAAUGACGAGAGGGUCCGGCAGCAUUUCCAUGACAACAUUGUGUGGAUUACUGUCAAGAAAGAUGCAUCGGAGGAUGAUCUCAGGGCCCAGCUCCUCAACGCUCUUGAAUGGGGCGACAUGAAGGAGAGGGCCCAAAAUGCAGGCACCAUUGAGCAUGUGCAACAGAUGGCACAAAAUGUUGCUCGUGGCAACCAUGUCUUGUUGAUACUGGAUGAUAUGUGGAACACGAGCUGGGCAAAAGGACUGGAUUUUAUAGCAGGGCCGUCCUCUUACAGCCGGGUGCUGGUAACAACCAGAAAGGAAGGCAUUUUGAGCAUGCUGGGUGCAAAGGCAUUUCCUGUGCAUGAGCUAUCAGAGGACGAGAGCAAAAAGAUGUUUUGGAAGUUUGCCUUUUAUGAUUCGCUACCUAGUGAUCCGGACAUUGUGAAAGUUGCCGAGAGAAUAGCUAGCAAAUGUGAGGGGCUCCCUUUAGCUCUUGAAGUGAUUGGCAGUGCCAUGGCUGUCUACAGGAAUGAGGGGCCACAGGUGUGGAAAGAACGCUAUCAGAAGAUGCAUUUGUUGAAUAACGAGGACAUUCAGAAGCGGAUGUUCCAGCGCUUGAAGUUUAGCUAUGACGAGCUGGGACGCUUUAAUAAGGAUGAAAAGCUGCAAGAGUGCUUUCUCUAUGUGGCUGCGUUUCCAGAAGAUAAGCGAAUCCAGUUUGCUGAUCUGAGAAAAUGUUGGAUAGCGGUUGGGUCAGAACUCUCGCCUCUGCAGAUUGUUAGUGAACUGGAACGAAGAUGCCUAGUGAAGACAACUGAUGAUCGAUGGUAUAAGUAUGUAACUGUGCACGAUAUGGUACGCAAGCUGUGCAUAAGAAUCUUGAAAGGGAAGUACCCACCCCAGGAAGAGCACGAGAAGGGAUGCCUGUUUGGCUAUGAUUGUCCACCUGGGAUUUCUCCAACAUUUUCUAAAGUUUCAUUCAUUGGAAAGAACGUUACAAGCAGCCUUUUGUCUGACAUUCAUGUGCGAGAUGUCUUGCUUCUCGAUGGAUGUAAAGUAAUGGAUGACAGUCUUAUUAUAGAUCACAUCCAAAAUGUCAAGGUAUUGAGCUUGAGGAGUUCCUGGGAUUUGGUCCGUUUUAUUCCAGAGAGCAUAUCCAAGCUGAGAAACCUUCAAGUGCUUGACCUUCGAUUUGUAUUUGUGACGACAAUAUUCCCAGAUGCGCUCUUCAGCUUGACAUCACUGAAGGUUUUGAAAUGCAAUGGGAUUAGAAAAUUCAACUUUGCAUUACUGCCCCAAUUAUUCAACUUGGAAGAGCUGGAGCUUCAUUCCGAUAAGGAGUUAGCUGUGGAUUUGAGUGGAAUUUCAAGCCUACACAAGCUAAGACAUUUAUAUCUACAAUUCUUGUCUGCGAUAAAGAUACCUCACAGCCUUGGUGCACUAAAGGACAUUGAGACACUGGAGUUGUAUGCAAAGAGCAUGGACUUUGGCGAUUUCACCGGCCUGUGGCAACUUGUCAAUCUAAGACGAUGUCACAUUGGGGUGCAAUCGACUAUCAAACUUGACUGGAAGCGAAUGUUUAAGAAUUCCAAACAGCUUGAGAACUUUACCAUUAAUGGGGUACAAGACGGUGAAAACAAUGCCGAAAGCCUUGAAUGGCCACAGCUACAAUUUUUAUCCAUCAUAAACAAUGAGACAAUGAAAGACCUGUCUUGGUUAAAGGGCUUUCAAUGGCUACGAGAACUUUACCUAGACUGCAGUGGUAUCCAGUUCUUCAGUCUGGAUGGAUCGUUCCCAUGCCUGGAGCUUGAAUCUUGUAAGGAGUUAGCUGUGGCUGUGGAUUUGAGUGGAAUUUCAAGCCUACACAAGCUAAGACAUUUAUCGCUAAAGCUCGACAAUGCAACAAUAAAAAUACCUGGUGCACUAGAGAACAUUGAGAUACUGCUGUUGAAGGCAAAGAGCAUGGACUUUGCCGAUUUCACCGGCCUGUGGCAACUUGUCAAUCUGAAACAAUGUUAUAUUAGGGUGAAAUCGACUAUCAAACUUGACUGGAAGCCAAUGUUUAAGAAUUCCAAACAGCUUCAACACUUUUCGAUUAACGGGGUACAAGACGGUGAAAACAAUGCCGAAAGCCUUGAAUGGCCACAGCUACAAUUUUUAAGUAUCACAAACAAUGAGACAAUGAAAGAUCUGUCUUGGUUAAAGGGCUUUCGAUGGCUACAAGAACUUUACCUAGACUGCAGUGGUAUCCAGUUCUUCAGUCUGGAUAAACAUCUGGAGCUUCGAAAUCUGCACAUUGCACAGUCGGAGUUCAAGGAUGAUUUGGCAGCAAGUCUUCCAAACCUGAAGAGUUUAACAUUCUAUCUGGCUCCUGAUAAUACAUGGGAGCAUUUGCCUCCCUUUAUGACACAACUCCCCAAAGACCUUGGUGAACUGAGAGUAGAAGGUUACAUGAGGAGACUCUUGAUGCCAACCGAGAGAUCACAGCUGAAGGUGGAACGGUUCACAUUAUCUUUGCGGAAGGGCUGUAUGAGGCAGCUCCCCAAUGAUUUCUUUGAGCCAACAGACCAGAUGACUGCUCUAAGAGAUGUAACCUUGGAUAGGAUCGAAAAUAUUCCAUCAUCCGUUGCAUCCCUUCCAGGAUUGGAGACACUUGUGCUCUCUGAUCAUGAUGAUGUAGUGUGGUCCCAAUUGAGUUCAGACAAUCACGGCCUUGGCUUAUUUCCCAGGCUCAAAGCCCUACACUGCCAAAAAGGUACGAAAGUUCCACCAUGGCUUGAGGAGCGGCCGGAUGUCCAGAUAAAAUUCAGGGAUUAAACCUUGCUCCUUCAGUGGACAUCGAUUGGGUUCUUGAAGGUCUGCGCAAAUGCUACACUAUUUUGCAUCACAAGCAGAAAAAACGAAAACAGAGAUUUCACAGCGUCAGCAGCGUUUGGAGAAGAAACAGUUUCUUUUUUUUCUUACAAAUCGAUAUUACUUUACUUUCGUGGUUUUGAGUAUUUUAAAACCUGGUGUAUAGAAUAAAUGGUAAAAUAUGGAAAACAUAACAAUAUUAAGAAUAUGCACUUUUCGAGAUCAAUGUAGCGAUCUCUCUCGAUCCUGAUUGGUUUGGUUCGUGCAAGCCAUCCACAUCGCCACAUUCCCCAUACUUUUGGACAAUGAAGUUGGCGGCUGAAUAAGACAAUGAAAGGUUGCACAGCUUCGAAGUUGCAUAGCUGCCAAGGAUUGGAAACUCUUGUGAUGCAGUGUCAAUCACAGCCUUCACUUUCCACCCAGACUUGUGGAAUCGAGAAAAACUAGGCAUGUUGUGACCCAAUUCUUGUCAACUAGCAAUCCAUUAGAAACAAAGAAAAUUUAAUAAUACAAACACAAGAAUUUGCGUA